AUUUUUCCACUUUUUUUUGUUUUUAAUUGGACCGUAUUUUAUUUUUGGGAACGCCUGGAAUGCAGCCAUCGAGCAGGCCCCACCCCGCCCUCCGGACUCAGCAUGUCCCACUCCAGCGAUGAGACCACAUGCCCCAAGUUCCAACCYAAUAUCUUUGACCCCUCCCGCUGCCACGAGUGCCUGCGCCAGAGGCACCUGCAUACCAGCRCAGGGGAAAGAACCGAGCUCGAGCCUCAACAGAAACCCCUGCCUGAGGAUGGGGAUGCAACUGGGAAAAGCUCUGGACUUGGAGGUGGAAUYAGGUUGAGCAGGGCAGCGCUGCUGACGCCAAUCUCUUCCCAGACAGAGGAAAGAGACACCAGCAGCAGCAGCAAGGAGGACUCUGACAGUGUUUCAGUGGUGAGCAGCUGCUGUGAUGUCAAUGGAGGCCAGGCGCGUAAUGGGGAGACCUCUCUGUGCAUCCUGAGCUCCGACUGCAAGCUCUACAUUUGUGAGGACGACGACGCCACAGACAGCUCUUGUGACCAGAGUGAAGAAUUCAGUUGCUCUGUUGGUACUGACGAGGAGUACUUGCCGAGCCGAAGUCAUCCCACCAAACUCAGGAUGACCCGUCUGGACCCUCCACCUCAUCGGCCCAACACUCGGCAGGCCUGGAUGGAGGAAACGCGAGGUGGCGGCAGCUUUAGUCGAGGCUCAGGAUUAAAAGAAGACAGAGAGAAGCGUGAAAGUGGCUACUAUUCCAUUGGGAGGGCAGCUGGUACCCGUUUUACUGAAAAAAGCCCACCCACGCCUUUCCGCCAUUUUGAAAGAGGACAUCCCAUCUUUAGUCACAGAAACAUUGAGCCAAAAGACACUGUCCCCUUCAGAAAUCCCAAUCUUGGUGUUGCCUCAGAAAGGCCGAUACCAGAAGUGUUCAAUGAGGACCUUACUGUUGAAAUUCCUCCCCCGGACCCUUACGAGGUUGCGGUUGAAGUUGAAGCACAAGUUGGGCCUCGAUCUCCCAGUCCUACUCCUUUUAAGAUUGCGGAGUCCCUGGCCUCAACUGGUCGAAAGGGUUUAAGYCGAACAAAUCCUCUGAGUAACAUGUCGUCCUAUCAACAAUCAGGGCGAUAUGAUUCCUCAAGGCGAGGCUCAGCUCUCCAAUCUCGCUCUUCAUCCCCCUCAYGUGAAAACUUGCAGUUAAGACACAGUGAGUCCAGCAGCAUUCUCAGCAGAACAACCUUUGAUGGUGGUGGUCGGUCUCAAGGACCAAUGCAAGGAUCACGAAGCUCCUUACAAGGCGUCCAAGCUCGACAUUUUGAGUCCGGAACUCUACCAAGAAACUUCAAAUCAUUUGCUUCUUCUCUCAAGUCCCAGUCCAGUACUGUUUCUGAUUUUCGGAGUGCCUUAAAGAAGACRGAAGCAAAUAGUUUUUCAGCAGGACUAGGUAGUGACAAAAGGAGCUCAUCACCUUUGAGGAGGGAAUAUAAUUCUUCGGUCCAAAUGUCUUACAGCACCGAUGCAACUGCUAGUUCAACACAUCAUACUUUCUCCCCAUCUAGAACUUAUGAUCGUUUUCAGGAGAGUCGUGCAUCCUCGCCGCCUAGGAGAAACUUAAACUCCUCAAGCCAGUCUCUCCGAAAAUCUGAAUCAAUCACAUCCCUAAAUGAUCGUAGUCACCAUCGACGCAAUGGUUCUCCAGUAUCUUCCCCACCGCCAAAGAGAAAUUUCAACUCUUCAAACCAGUCUCUACGAAAAUCUGAGUCAAUCACAUCCUUAAAUGAGCGUAGUCGCCAUCAAAAUAAUGGCUCUCCAGUAUCUUCCCCAUUGCCAAGGAGAAAUUUCAACUCCUCAAGCCAGUCCCUCCUUCAUAAAUCUGAAUCAAUCACAUCCCUGAAUGAGCGUAGUCACAGGAGACGCAGUGGCUCUCCAGUAUCUAUAUUGCAACCAGGGAGAAAUUUCAACUACUCAAACCAGUCCUUGCGUAAAUCUGAAUCAAUCGCAUCCCUAAAUGACCGUAGCCACCAUCAACGUAGUAGUUCCCCAGUUACUUCUAUGCCACAGAGGAAAAAGUUUACCUCACCAAACCAGUCCUUCCUUCGUAAAUCUGAAUCCAUUACAUCUCUAAAUGAUCGUCACCACCAUGGUCGCUGUGGCUCCCCAGUAAGAGAAGGCUAUGGGAUAGAAGGACCGGCUCAGCUGCGCAACCCAAUGAUUAGAAACGAACUGGAUGRUCAAGAGUGUGAAGUCUCCACUAUGUCUUCGUCUAGACAUGAUUCUGACGGACGAAGACAGUCCAUACUUCGAAAAACUGAGACAAGCUGCAGUCGGGGUUUAGGCAGCCGCUCUUCAUCUCCUUCUAGGAGAGCUCAUGAAACCUUUGCUCAAGGAAGGGGACACAGUGGUGGCUCAUUAAAUGGCCAUGCUCAUAAAAAUCGUAACUCCUCACCUUCGAGGCAAAACYUUGACGCUUCUUCUCAGUCUCAACGACAUAAAACUGAGUUUUCCAGCUCUGUCGGAAGCCGUGAUGCCAACAGUUCUUUGGCUUUUAGGGGACGCUAUGAUGCUUCUGAUUAUCACUCAUCUGGAAAUAUGCGAACUGGCAGCUCUUUUAACAGCAAGAAUAUGCAGACCAGCCGCUCUUCCUCUCCUUCAAGAAAAGGCAAUAUUGACUCCCCAGGUUACUCGAUCCUCAGAAGUGCCACCAAAGGAGAYUCCAGUGUUUCAUUUAAGAGCAAAAACACAAAUAAUGAAACAAARUAUGACUCCCGUUCUUCAUCAAACUCGUGGCGUGGAUCUACACAUUCAAUCCGCAGCUCCUCUGUAUCUCGAUCUGCCUCACCAUCUAGACAAACCACAAGUAACAACAGAGCUGCCUACGUUACUUUGGAAACAUCCGGAACCUCUGGCAGCAUGAGAUCUAGGGCUGGUAGACAUGGCCACGAUGAUCGCCAUCCCCCUCCUCAUAAGAGGUCCUCUCACCGUGCACAGAGCCCCUCUCCUCCACCGCAGAUACACAUUCAGACACACACCUCCUCGCAAAGCUCCAUGGAGUCUUCUGAGUCAGGCCAGCUCUCUGUGGGAUCAACAGGACGGAACAGGGAGGAGUACGCUGCAAUGGCUGACCUGCCAAAGGUCAAAAUGAUCCAUCAGAAGGAGGGGCCAGGCCACAUGGGACAGCCACAGAGUCAUCAGCCUGUCCGAAGACAGGAACUGUUUAAACCAGCCAGCCACUCCCUGAGCAGGCAUCCCUCCAUAGAGUGGGACGAUCCUGGCGAUAUGGAUAAAGACUGGCACUAUGGAGGCAGUGGAUAUCUAUCUCGAGCUCAUUCCACCACAUCACUGCAGAGAUCAGGCAGUCCCACGGCAGAUGAGGGCUGUUCAUGGAAAAGUAAUCAUCACAGAUCGGAAGAAAUGCAGCCCGACCUCUUGAACUUCAAAAAGGGAUGGAUGUCAAAACUGGACGACUGCGGAGAGUGGAAGAAGCACUGGUUUGUUUUGACAGACGCUGGGCUGAAAUAUUACAGAGACUCGACUGCAGAGGAGAAAGACGACCUGGAUGGAGAAAUUGACCUGAAAUCUUGCCUGAAGGUGUCUGAGUUCGACGUGGAGAAGAACUACGGCUUUCAGAUUCAGACUCGAGAGGCUGUUUUCACUCUGUCGGCCAUGACGGCCAGGAUCAGGCGGAACUGGAUCGAGGUUUUAAAGACAUCUAUCCGGCCCAGCAGCUCUCCUGACCUCACGCAGACUAGCGAAUGCCAAGUCUGUAUUUGUGUUUCAGUGAUGGAGGCAUUGAAGAAGAAACACAAAGAGGAGCUGGAGAGAGAAGUGGAGAAGGUCAGGAGGCUGAGCAGUGGGAAGCUGGACUCUCACACUCUGCAGACACAACAACAGGCUGAGACGCUGGCCUUGCAGAGAGAGCUGGCCGGCCUGUCUGAGCGCUACUCUCAGAAGUGUCUGGAGCUGAACAAAGCGGAGCAGAGAAACGCMGAGAGAGAAAGGGAAGUCAGUCGCAGAGAGAGAGACGUGGAGCAGCUGAGGAAAGAGAACGUGGAGCUGAAGAGCCGCCUGACAGACGAAAUGAGCCGAACGCGAUCCGCCCUCACGGAUAGAGGCUCAGAGGACGACAAAGACGAGACGUCCUGCGAACUGGAGGUUCUCCUCAGAAUGAAAGAUAACGAGAUAGAGUAUCUACACAAGGAGAUCAGCUGCCUCAGGAAUGAGCUUCAGUUUCUAAACAUGGAAAAGCAGCUGGCCUGUGAGCGGUACGCAGAGGUGCACGGAGAGCUGAACGGGAUGAGAGGCCGCACCGAGCGCGAGAUUCAGAGCCUGAAGGAGCACCUGAGGCUGGCCAUGGCCGCCCUGCAGGAGGGGCAGAAGCUGGGCAACAGCCUGGACCACUGACUAGCCGCCAGGCUGGAGUCGGACCACGAUCCAGGCAAAGGAUGGAACUCUUUAGAGUCUUUUUUUAUUAUUAUUAUUAUUAUUAUUAUUUCAACCUUUCUUUGUUCCCGGACUGUAGUUUUUCAGCCUGCAGGGCAGCUGGAUCCAAAGGAAAUACCCGUGCAGAACUUUUACGGCCGUGCGACGGAACUCAAACGUGUCUUUCAAGCCGAUUUGCCAACGAGUCAUUUUGUCGGCUUCAUUACACU